AUGGCUUGGUGCCGCGCGAGGCGGCUGAUGCCCACAUUUUUCCGGAGACGCCCCUUGGGCGCCCGCCCUUCGGGCACAUCCUUGGCGACCGUGCCUUCGUCCAGCAGGUAUGACCUGAGACCGCUGGCGGUCAUGGCAACCGUAGCGGCAACCGUGGAGCAGCAUAGGCGCAGCCACCUGUGCGCGAGCACGCAGCAGGUGGGUCUUGGUAAGGCUGCAGAGUUUGAAGAGGGGACUAUGACAGAGGUCAAGCUGGAAGGCGGCAGCGCCGUGCUGGUGCACCGCCACCAAGGAGAGUUCUUUGUGACCUCCCCGUCCUGUGCCCACUAUGGGGCUCCACUGAAGAAGGGCGUCUCCUCCGCCGGGGGCCGUGGUGGCGCACCCACAGUGACCUGCCCGCUGCACGAUGCUACCUUCGACCUGCGCACGGGCCAAGUGGUGCGGGGGCCGGCGGUGGAUGGUAUCGCCGUGUACCGGUCCCAGGUGAAGGAUGGCCAGCUGGUGGCGGAAGUGCCCUCGGAGAUUGCCAGCGGUGGCAAGCACAAGAAGGUGCUGAAGGCCAUGGCCAAGCGGAAGGGCUCCGACGGCCGCGUCUUCGCCUUGCUGGGCGGCGGCCCUGCGUCCCUGGCGGCCGCCGAGACGCUGCGUCAGGAAGGGUUUACGGGACGGAUUGUGAUGCUCACCCGGGAGCCGCAUCUGCCUUACGACCGCGUGCAGCUGUCCAAGGCCUUAGACAAGACGGUUGAGAAGCUGCUCCUUCGGCCUGAGUCGUUCUACCAAGACUACGACAUUGAGGUGGUGAGAGGCGCAAAUGUCACAAAGCUGGAUGCCAAAGAGCAGAACAUUUUCUACACCGGAGCAGACGACAAGCAAGAGAAGUUGCACUAUGACAAAGUCCUUGUGGCCACCGGCGGCAGCCCGCGCAAGCUGUUCGUCCCUGGCAGCGACUUGCAGAACAUCUUCACAUUGAGGACGCCUGAGGAUGCCGCUCAGAUCGCAAAGCUGGCCAAGAGCGGGCAGAAGAUGAUUGUGGUGGGCGGGUCCUUCAUUGGUAUGGAGGUGGCCUCCUCUCUGGCGAAGAAGGGCUGCGACGUGGCGGUCAUCGCCAUGGAGACGGUGCCCUUUGAGCGGGUGUUGGGGAAGAAGGUGGGCGCUUCCUUCGCGAGGAAGCUGCAGAAAGAAGGGGUCGAAUGGUUCGGCACCUCUCAGGUGCGGCUCUUCCGGGGCAACGAAGCGGUGAACGGGGUGGAGCUGGAGGACGGCGAGGUCUUGCCCGCAGAUUGCGUCGUGGUUGGGGCAGGCGUCCUGCCGAACACCCGCUUCGUGGAGGGCUUGUCCUUGGACAAGAAUGGGGCCAUCAUCGUCAACCCAUUGCUGCAGGCCGAGAACUGUGAGAACCUCUUCGCGGCAGGGGACGUGUGCGCGUACCCGGCGGUGAGGACGGGGCAGCGGGUAAGGAUCGAGCACUGGGACGUGGCCAUGCAGCAGGGCCGAACGGCGGCCGCCAACAUGCUCGGGAAGUUCCAGCCAUUCACGACCACACCCUUCUUCUGGUCAGGCCUCUUCGGGAACGUGAACCUCCGCUUCGUGGGCCAUGCGCCGGAGGCGCUGGACCGAGUCAUCAUCGAAGGCGACGUCAGCACCAUGGAGUUUGUCUCGUACUACACAGAGGAUGACGAGGUCCGGGCGGUGGCCACGGUGAAUCGGGACCCUGUGGCCGUGGUUGUGGCGGAGCUCAUGCGGAGGGGCCAGAUGCCCAGCGUGUCCGAGCUGAUGCUGGGCACAGUCAACGCAGAAGUCCUCUCGCGCCGCCUCAGAGACCUCAGCAAGCCUAAGAAGGCUUAA